AGGCGUGCGUUCGAGACGGUGAUUCGGUCGGCCGCAGUGAUAGUAUCGUGUGUUUUAAUUAUUAUUGAUGCCAAACUACCACGAUGGUAGAUCACAACGAGAAGAUAUUGCAGGAGUUGUUAAAGAAACCAGGGAACCAUGUGUGCGCGGACUGCGGAGCUGAGGGUCCUGAUUGGGCCUCCUACAACCUCGGUAUUUUCAUAUGUAUGCGAUGUGCAAGCAUACAUCGGGGCAUGGGCGCGCAUAUAAGCAAAGUGAAGCAUUUAGAACUGGAUCGAUGGGAAGACUCGCAAGUGCAGAGGAUGAAAGAAGUUGGCAAUGCUGCUGCCAAGAACAAGUACGAAGAGAGAGUUCCACCGUGCUACAGACGACCCACCAAGAAUGAUCCACAAGUGCUCAUAGAACAAUGGAUUCGCGCAAAAUAUGAACGUGAAGAAUUCUGCCACCCAGAACGGCAGAGCUAUCUCUCAGGAUCUAUGGAAGGUUUCCUGAUGAAGAGGGGCAAAGAGGACAGUCGGUAUCAGCUGAGGAAAUUUAUUCUCAAUGAAAAUGAAGAUACCUUAAAGUAUCAGCAUCCUUCGGAUGGUUGUAGCGGUCGCGACGCUUGUCUCGGUCGAAUUUUCGAUCGGCUUCGACUCAAAAACAUUGGUCGUUUGAGGUAUCACGUGAAGGAAAACAAGGAGCCCAAGGGUAUUUUAAAAUUGUCUGAACUCAAUGUUUCGUUUGCACCAUCCAAGAUCGGUCACAUGAACUCCAUGCAGCUAACCUUCAUGAAGGAUGGUUCCACCAGACACAUAUACGUCUACCACGAUGAUCCCGAAGUCAUUAAUUGCUGGUAUACUGCUAUUCGCUGCGCAAAACUGCACCUACUUCAAGUGGCGUUUCCAUCUACACCGCAGUCUGAUCUGAUUCUCCGAUUGCCGAAGGACUUUGCUCGUGAAGGUUGGCUCUGGAAGACUGGUCCAAGAGCUUCGGAUGUUCACAGACGGCGGUGGUUCACUCUCGAUAACAGGAAACUCAUGUACCACGAUGAACCGCUCGAUGCGUAUCCAAAAGGCGAGAUAUUUAUAGGCCACGAAUCAACUGGUUACUACAUCAGAGUAACGAACACUGGUAACGGGUGUAAAGACGCGAGGUUUCCAUUCCACCUCGUGACGCCGGAGAGGACGUAUUGCCUCGCAGCCUCCACACACGAAGACCGCGCCGGGUGGCUCGCUGUCAUACAACAAACACUAAAAAGAUCCCUAACACCACAGGAUUCAACAACUGAAGCCACUCUUCUUCGCAAAAGAACGACGUCAAAUUCCGUCAGUAUAUUCUCGGGAAGGUAGUUAUGCUAGCAAAAGCCAUUAAUUAGAUUUAAAUUAAUAGUAUACACGCUUAACUUUAUUUAGCAUUAAGAAAUUCGAGUGAUUUUUAUUUAAUAAAAUGUUUUCGUUGUAAAUAACAAAAUGGUAUGUAUACCGAGGAUAGUUUAAGCAGAAUCGUGUUGUAAAUAAUUUAUUUUAAUGAUAAUUAUAAUAAUAAUUUAUAUCAGAACUAUGAAGGACUGACGCGUAUAUGUUAACUGUAAUGUAGAUUUAAUAGUAUUUUAUGUUUUACAAAACACAAUCCAUAUUUCUGUAUCUAACAUAAUGCUCUGAGCAAAUGAAGAAACUCUACUGAAAUUUUAAAUUGUUUAAGUAAGUCAUUAUGAAUUUGUAUUCUAUUCAAUUCUUGUUAAAUUUUUUAGAUUGACUGCUGAAGCUUAUUGUUUUUUUUUUAUAAGUUCUCAAUGGUUUUUAUCUUAGAUCAUCUACACGUCUAGAUAGACUGUAACAGCUGUUAAAAUGACGAAAAAUAUUGAAGUUGACAGUUAACCUCCAUUUUGAGCAAUGCGCGCACACAAGCACAAAGUGACAUACAAGUCGCGAGUGUAAAAUGUAAUAAACCUAGCCUGCUUUCAUCGGUUAUCUAGUAGAAAGAGACUCCCAAGACGUAUAAAUUAUAUAAGAUUUUAAUAAUUAUGUAAAAAUGCACUCAUUAGUACUUUUAUUAAUAAUUUUCAUUUGUUUGGUGCUUGUAGUAAUGUAGUGACCAAUAAUAAGCCUAAUUCUAUAUAGGGUUAUGUUCAAAUCUAGUGAAUUACUUUUAUGAACACAUCACGUGAGUGUGUCUCUUGAAGAAAAUUUUGAAAAUAUAGUCCAAACUAAAUUUAAUAAUUCGAACUAUAGUGUGAAAGCCAUAUUGUGUUAAGGUUUGAAGAGCACUGUUGCUAAUUAAAUUAUUGGGCUAGGAGAUAAUGACAUUAAACAAACAUUGUUACAUUUUUUAAAACUUCAAACAAAAAUUUAGCUCUAUGAAGGAGAUGAUAUGAAAAUAGGGUUGGGGGAAAGAGUGUCUUCGGAUUUUAUAGUAAAACUCAAUAUUGUUUCCAAAAUUUAAUUGCAUUUAAUAACAGUAUAUAUUAUGUGCCAUUUUCUUUGAUGACUUUUUGCCAAAUGAUCCGUUGCUGUAGAAGUUUUGGGACUUCUGAUAAAAAAAGGCGUCAGUUGUUUUGGCAGUCCUCACUUAAAGUUAAACUUACCGUGCCUUAAGAAUUCUGAGGACAACCAGGUGGAUAUAUGAAGGUGUAACUCUUAAUUUUUGCUGUUAAAUAUUUGUAUGGUUAUGAUCGUGAUAAAAUACAACGCCCUUUCUAAUAAACUACUCUAGCCGUUUUCUCUUACCUUCUUGCUUUAAUCUCAUCAGUUGUUGGCAGUAGGAAUCUAAAUCAUUGGUUCUGCCCGGCGGUAAAAGCUCAUAAUGAACUAUGCCCUUCCAAUCGCACCCUACACAAAGCAUGGCCUUAUUGCGAGUUAACCCGAAAGUUAUCACAGUCUGUGUACACCUGAAUACCAACUACUACUAGACCAGUUAACAAUCUCGUCAAAAACGGUUAGGUUUCAUAACGUCUCAAUAUAGAAUGACAACUACCCAACCAGAUAUCGAGCUUUUUGUGUACCUUUUUUCAAAUAGGCAGAAUCUGUUUUGUGGUCAAUUUUCAGUCCUUUAACUCCGGUGCUCGGGUUUUUAAAAAGGGUGUCCAUUUUAUCCGUAAAAUUUCGAAAGCUUUAUUCAUUUACAAUAUUUUACUAAUGUGUUUUUUUAAUAUUACCUUUUUUAAUCAUAAAAACUAGAGAGAUACAAAUAGUACCUACAGUCAAACAGAUUUUUUCACAAGUUUAUACAUACCAUAUGCGAAAUAAAAUUUCCUUCACUUAUUAUAUCUACGCAAAUUCGCACAAUACCGAGAAAUAUGCCUAAAAAUCAUGCUAUCGAAACAUAUUUUUAAAAUACUGAGAACCGUAGACAUUUAGAUUUUUAUCAUAUAAUUUUGGCAUUAAUUCUAUCGUUUCACUCAAAUAUAUUUUUUGGGAAUUUAUUAUGAAGGACUUAUAUAUUAUAAAAUAGUCGGUCGUACUCAUGUUAUUGUUUCUUCCUAAUUAAAUGUUAUAUCGUGUACCAAAACAUAUAAAAGAAUAAUGUAUCUAUUUAAUAAACCUCUGUACACAAACAGUAUUGUAAAACAGGAAUGUUAUUUUUAUGCUGCGACAAUUUAUUCUUGGUUAAUUUUAUCGGGUAUUUGAUGGAAUGGUAAAUUUAAAGUUACACAAGGAGAGUUUUACGCAUGCGAUUUGUAAUUUUGGCAUAAUAAUGUUACAACAGAAAAUAAUCUCGUGUAGAGUUCGCGUAGGGGAUAUUUGCUAAAGAUUUCUGGGCGCUCGCGAACCACAAAUUCGUCUAGUGUAAAUGACGGUUAAGAUUGUAUCUAUAUUUUAUAUUUAUUUAUGGUGCAGCGAGAGUUCAGAAAGUUUUAAGUCGACAGAGUUUAUUUUUACCUCUGAAAAUCACAGAAUAGACAGGUAUUGGUCACGUAUCUAGUUGGUUUGUCGUAAAGUUGGUAGAGUGCUGUUAUUUUGAAAAAUGUAAAUUAACUUCAUUUAUUUAAAUCGGCUUUACUCACCGUGUAUCGGUACCGACUAGUUUCAGAUCAUUUGAAGGUUCUUCAACUCACUCUUGAGUUAAGUUAGUUUGCGGUCGCGUCCUGUUUAGCACAUUGGAUCAUAAUUGAAAGACAGAUUGCCAAAAUGUCUGCGUCUUACACAGAAAAACUUGCGCUUUACUUUGCGUCAGUGGUGAUGACACACACGGUACGAAAAUUCAAACUUUUAUGUUAGUAGAAGAACAACCGAGUUGUCUGAAAUUAGUCGGUACCAACACCGAUGAAACGUGAGUUAAGCCGAUUUAAAUAAAUAAUGUUAAUAAUGUCUUACAAAAGCAUGAACUUGACGAGUAUUGCUAUAUGGAAAAACUUUUGAUUAUUAUUAGCUACUACAGUAUAAACUUGCUCUCUUUGGUGGAAACAUACAUUUUACAUACAGGGAAUAAUUAUGAUUCAUCAAAUAUAAUUUAUAUUAUCAAAAGCAGCAGUGUAAAUAUUAAAUCUCAAUCUUAGGCGUGUAAAUAAAGUUACAAUAAUAUACAUUUUUAUGUUAAAAACAUUAUUUUUAAGAUCUUUUUGUCUUAUAACCUUAUAUUUAUCUUAAUAUUUAAUCCGUCUUAGCUUUUACGACCUAUAUCAAUGUAGUUAACCAUGUUUAUUGUUCCAGCUGCAGAUUUUACGUGUAAUUAAGCAAUAAUUCAAAAAAAUAUGUUUAAUAAUAUGUAUCUUAGGUUUUAGAAAAAUGAACAUUUCAAAUCGGAUUCAAGUUAUACUAUCUCGUAUCUUUAACUUAGGUAAUUCUAAACUUGACGGAAUACUAGAUUGUGCUAUGCUCGACAUCAAAUAAUUUAAUUAAUAAAUAAAAUAAAUUAAUUUAAAAGGCCUAAAUAUUAAUUAAAUUCAACUGCUUUUAGAGCUAUAAAGUAUGCUUUGACAUUUUCGAUACAACCCCCAAGCGUUAGAAAAGCGACGAGACCUUGUUAUAUAAACGUUAGCGUGAGGUCAACAGCUGGCAGUCGUUAGUUUUAAGGCGGUCCUUCUGAUUGGUGAUAUUUGAAGUGACGUCACAAGAUGGCGGCCUGUCCCCAUCUCGACGCUCGAGGGCAAUAAUUCAACGCACUUAAGAUUAUUUUUUAAGAAUGUGUAGGAACCAAAGAAUUUUAUCAAUACCCUAUACAAUAGCAUCAUCAUUAGAGUUGUUAAACUUGAUUGAGUAAAACUGGCAGUAACAAUAAUAUAAUUAGAUGAAGAAUAUGAGACAAAUAACGUAAUUCAUGCCGCGACCAUGACGCUUGCAACUGCGUCAAAGUAAUGGAAAACAAAAAACUCUGACAUGGUAUAAGUAUUGUUAAUAAUGCUAAUAAAUUAAAUUAACACUAAACAAAAGGAUGAUAGCACUAAAAUUAACAAUAACUAUUUUGCCGUGUUUUAUUUAUGAUGAAAUCACCGAAAUCAAUAUUUAUAUAAUUUUAGUGAAUAUUGUAAUGCUAGGAGUCUACCAAAAAUGUGGUAGAACUUUUUUACUUGUAAGUACUAAGGAAUUUGAUGAUACAGGAUUUUUUGAGUGAUGAUAGAUUGAAUCGAAUUCAUCUAUCCAUGUGUUUGCUAUCAGCUAGAUUUAGUAUAUAGCUUAGUCUAAUUAAGCCGAAAGUGUGGAGGUAUUUAUAAAAUAUAAUAUAAGCAAUAAAUUAAUAGUUUUUGAAUAUGUUAAAGUGUGAAAGAAACAGUGGUAGUUUUCCAAUAACAGCGCUAAAGCGCUUAAUGCGGCAUAUUAUAAUAAUAAUAAUAAUAUAGCCCUUAUUCAGAUAGAAUUUACAUAUUAUAUACUUAGAUACUAUCCUUAACUAAUUAUCUAUUACUAUCUGUUUGUCUAUUAACAAAGGCCUCUUCCAACUUCUUCCACUAUUUUCUAUCUUUAGCUUACCUAGACCAUGUUGUGCCUGCUAUUGUCCUAAUUUCGUCUGACCAUCUCCUGUUUUGUCCCCCCCGUUUCUUUUUUAGGUGUCUGGGGUACCAGUCUGUGGAAUGCGGCAUAAUACUCAACUUUGAAAGUUCCAACUGUAGCAUGGCUUCGCACAAUCGAGCAAUUUCAAAAGUACUGGUUUCAUGUGAUGCGUGCAAUCGAUUCCAACUCAGUAGCAGAAAAUUAACUAGUGUUUUUUCUUUAAGUUGGCAUUGAUCGAAAUUUUAUGUAUAUAAUAUCGUUAGUAAUAUUGCUAAAAAAACACUUUAGUUUUGUCGUAGUUUUUUGGAAGCUAUGAAAGUAGUUUUGUGGAAAUAAUAAUAUUUAUUUCAAGUGUGUUAAAAAAAAAUAUAAGCUUGGAUGAAGGUAAAUUACAUUUACCAAUUUUUUUUUAACACUGAACUUAGCGCACUCUAGUGGUGCAUCUGAAAACUAAAUCAUGUUCGCAUUCGUCGAGUCGCAUUAUGCUCUGUAAUUGGAAAACUACCAGUAACUCUUGUGUUGCUCGGGGAUAUUUUUAAUCUGUAGACUUCAUUUGCGGAAAACGCCACAGAUUAAUUUGUUAAAAAGCAGCGUAGAUGUAGUAGCCACCAAUUUUUCAAUGGCAUGUAGGUCCUUAUUCGAAAAGGCGUCUCAAUAGAUACAUAAUCGAUGCUCAACUAUUGUUUUCUUGAGUGACGUAAGAUGACGUAUUCUGGAAUACUUUCUAUCCCUUUUGCCGUUGAUCAAUUUACGGCCGUUUUCAAUAACCUAUCUACCCUUAGUUUAACUUACGGAUACAUUGCUGUCACCGUUUAAUGACAAGAUCUUAUCUAUCCAUAGUUAUAGUCCGAUGCUAUCUGUCAAUAGGUUAUUGAAAUGUAAGUAAGCGUAAAAGGAUAGAUUUGUCUACCUAUAGUAAGUUAAACUAAGGAUUGAUAGGUUAUUGAAAAUGGCCGUUAAACAAUAGCAUUAGCCACAGCCUAGCAAAACUAGAAAAAAGCGAUUUACUCUAUUGUAUGAAACGUGCAGUCAUUGAUAGAUUGAGAGAUGACAUCAAUAAGUCUUGUAAAAAACGGAGAUUGCCGAAAUCCACUACGUUUUAAGCAACUGUUCGCUUUCAAACUUAGCCGGAUUAUACUUCGUCGCCAAUCGCCAUACUGUAAUUACUACUAUUUCAAACUUAUGUCAAAUGACUGCACGUUUCAUACUAAACUAAAUUUUAAUUUUUACUUAGGCAGUCCCGCAUCGUAUUACGUAGUUUUUACAUCCUUUUUGAUUUGCCAUACAACGCUGCGUGUUUAACACAUCUGUCGGCGUUUAAUAAGGCCAGAAUUUAGGAAAUCUCGUGAAGGCAGCUAUAAAAAUUACUAUCCCCUUAUGUAGUAAUAUAUCCUGAAAUAAUCAAUCAUUAUUUUUAAAAUUUAUCGUAAAUGAUCAUUGAAAAUUAAAUUAAAUCAUUUAUGUAUUUAAAUUUUGUCCACUAAUAUACCAUCUAUGCUUUUUUUACAAAUACAAGUAUUGUAAUAUGUAAGUAAAUAUAAUCUAGAACGCAAUUAAGUAAUGGUUCUAUAAGGCUUAGAAGAAUAAAAGUCAGUGCCUACAGUAGAUAUAAAAAUCAAAGUAGGCUUGAUUGUAAUCGUGAUUCGUAUCAUAUGUAACUUUUAACGAAAUUAAAUUGUAGCUUUUCAGUAAAUAAAUUCGAGGUUUAGGCAUUUGUAUAGGACCCUAGUUGCCAUAGCAGAAGUAUAAAUAUUCAAUUAGUUUAGUUUUAGGUUAAGUAGAUUAUCUUAGUAAAAUAACAAUUAGACAAUUAAUUCAGCUGGAAAGCAAUAAAUUGUUUUGUAUUGGUAGUAAUUAAUGACAAGCCUAAUGGUUUUAAGCCUUCUCGAGUGUAAAUUCCGCUAAGAUUCAUGUUCAAUCAAUUCGAAACGUAUUUCGCCUCUACAUGAGGCAUCCUCAGGAGAUUUUGACUUGCCAAAUUCUGACACGGGACUAAAUAGAAAGAGCCUCUUGUAUAUCCUCGUCCCUUGAAUUAGCGCGCUGUGAUUGGUCGGCUGUUGUGACGUAUUACUCCCGGGAGAGAUACGUAACAAUGGUGAAGAGAAUUAUCUUUCUUUCGACUUGUCCCCAAUACACUUAUUAAUUUAUUAAAUAUUUCAUGUAACACUAAUUCAAUGCGAGUACAAAAUUAAGGUUCAAAUAGCUGUUCUAAUAUAUUGCAUUUUUGCAUGUACACUAGAUGAAUAACCACACCUCUUUUACGCAGGAGAAAGAAACCCUAAUGCCCUAAAUGUGAUAUGAAUUUGGUACCUCUAAAGCGAUUUGUAUUCGUAACUUUGAAUUUGAUGGGAAUAUUUUUGUACAGUUUGUUCACAUUAAGACAUUGCAUUUCACAUUCUAAUUAUAAAUUUAUACAGUAUAUUGUUUAAAUAUCUAAACAUUCUUUUCAUCGAUGUAUUUUUCGAAGUGAACUCGUACUGAAAGGUGUAGUACCAAACUCAAUAUUAUUUUUUUAUUUUUGGAGACUAACAAUGUUGUAAAACCAUUUAUAUUACCUACAAUUGUAAUAGGUGCUAUGGCAGCUAUAUAGACAUAUUAGGGCUUACACAGUAAUCUCUAUUGGGAAUUAAACCCUUAAAACAAAAUGGCGCUCUUAUUUGGGCGAAGUGCUUGUAACGUUAUCAUUAUAGUAAUAAUUUUAGUACCUAUAUUAAUUUAAACAAAUUUACCAAAAUGUUGCCUCGCUUAAGUUACGUUAUUUUGAUUUUUGUAAAUAUAUUAUAUUAUAUAAGUGUGCUUUGGCAUAAUAAUAUGUUUAAAUCAAUAUUUACAACAGAAAUAAACUUUUCGCCCAAUU